AUGGCGUCCUCCUCCUCCUCACCCAAUAUGCUCACGAAGUUUGAGUCGAAAUCCUCGAGAGCCAAGGGUAUAGCCUUCCAUCCAAAACGACCAUGGAUACUCGUUUCUUUACACUCGUCUACAAUUCAACUCUGGGACUACCGCAUGGGAACUUUGAUUGAUCGGUUCGAGGAGCAUGAUGGGCCUGUUCGAGGCAUCGAUUUCCACAAGACACAACCCCUCUUCGUUUCUGGAGGAGACGAUUAUAAAAUCAAGGUAUGGUCAACUCAGACUCGCAGAUGUUUAUUUACCUUGAAUGGGCACCUUGAUUAUAUUCGCACCGUUUUCUUCCAUCACGAACUGCCUUGGAUUAUUUCAAGCUCCGAUGAUCAGACCAUUAGAAUUUGGAACUGGCAAAACAGAUCUCUCAUCUGUACCAUGACAGGACAUAAUCACUACACUAUGUGCGCUCAGUUCCACCCAAAGGAGGAUCUAGUAGUAUCUGCUUCGCUUGAUCAAUCAGUCCGUGUUUGGGAUAUUUCUGGGCUUCGGAAAAAGCACUCAGCACCAACAUCAAUGACUUUCGAGGACCAAAUGUCACGAGCCAACCAAAAUCAAGCGGAUAUGUUUGGAAACACAGAUGCGGUUGUGAAGUUUGUUCUGGAGGGACAUGACCGGGGUGUAAACUGGGUCGCAUUCCACCCCACGUUGCCUCUGAUUGUUUCCGCGGGCGACGACCGUCUGAUCAAGCUGUGGAGGAUGAAUGAUACAAAGGCUUGGGAAGUCGAUACGUGUCGAGGACAUUUCGGAAAUACGUCGGGAUGCUUAUUCCACCCUCAUCAGGAUUUGAUCUUGUCAGUUGGUGAGGACAAGACCAUUCGUGUUUGGGACUUGAACAAGCGAACCUCGGUCCAGUCAUUCAAACGUGAGAACGAUCGAUUCUGGGUCAUCGCUGCUCACCCAGAGAUCAAUCUCUUCGCUGCUGGACAUGACAAUGGUGUCAUGGUUUUCAAACUUGAACGAGAAAGACCAGCGUCUGCAUUCUACCAAAACAACCUGUUCUUUAUUACAAAAGAAAAGCACGUUCGGUCAUAUGAUUUUCAAAAGAACGUCGAGAGUCCAACUCUGUUGACUUUGAAGAAGCUUGGCAGCCCUUGGGUUCCACCUCGGUCAUUGUCAUUUAACCCUGCAGAGAGGGCGAUAUUGGUCACUUCCCCAGCCGAUGGGGGUUCUUAUGAGCUUAUCAACCUCCCCAAAGAUGGCUCUGGCGCUAUUGAUGGCACUGAUACCAAGCGGGGUCAAGGAAAUUCUGCGGUUUUUAUUGCGCGGAAUCGAUUCGCAGUUUUCACUGCGAGCAGCCAGAAGAUUGAAAUCAAGGAUCUAUCCAAUGCUACUACAGAAACCGUCAAACCACCUCAUGGUACUACUGACAUCUAUUUUGGCGGGACCGGCAAUUUGCUUCUUAUAACACCAACUGCUGUGCACCUUUACGACAUCCAGCAGAAAAAGAGCACUGCAGAAUUGCCUGUUAGCGGGGUGAAAUACGUGGUUUGGUCAAAUGAUGGUUCAUACGCCGCACUUUUGAGCAAACACAAUGUGACCAUCGUAACAAAGACGCUGGAGCAAGUCAGCACCCUUCACGAAACCAUCCGGAUCAAGAGUGCUACCUGGGAUGAUGCUGGCGUCCUUCUCUACUCUACUCUAAAUCACAUCAAAUACACUCUUCUCAAUGGGGAUAAUGGAAUCGUUCGGACUCUCGAUCAGACUGUAUACCUUGUUCGCGUCAAAGCACGCACUGUCUACUGCCUAGACCGAAAUGCGAAGCCAAAGACCUUGAACAUCGAUCCAACUGAAUAUCGAUUCAAGCUUGCCUUAGUAAAGCGAAAUUACGAAGAAAUGUUGCAAAUUAUCAAAAAUUCAAGUCUCGUGGGUCAGAGCAUCAUCUCUUAUCUACAAAAGAAAGGAUACCCAGAAAUCGCCCUUCAGUUCGUCCAAGAUCCACAGACAAGGUUUGAACUUGCUAUCGAAUGUGGCAAUUUGGAUGUUGCUGUUGAGAUGGCGAAACAGCUCGACCGUCCAAAGCUCUGGUCUCGACUGUCCACUGAAGCUCUUGCUCAUGGAAACCACCAGGUCGUAGAGAUGACAUAUCAGAAGUUACGACAAUUUGACAAGUUGUCUUUCUUAUACCUUUCGACCGGUGACAACACCAAGCUCACCCGGAUGGCCAAAAUCGCGGAACACCGUGGCGAUUUUACUGCCCGCUUCCAGAACGCCUUGUACCUCGGCGAUGUCAAUGACAGGAUACAGAUGUUCAAGGAAAUUGAUCUUUACCCUCUUGCAUACAUGACUGCUAAGUCACAUGGUCUUACGGAAGAAUGCCAAUCGAUCUUGGAAGCCACUGGACUGACCGAAGAUCAAAUUUCGCUGCCCAAAAUAGGCGCACCCUUGACUCCACCAAAGCCACUUGUUGACACGUUCAAGGCAAACUGGCCGACUAAGGCUACUUCGCAAUCCUUCCUAGUGAAGGCUCUUCUUGGGCAGGUUGAAGACUUAUCACUAGAAGAUGAGCCUGCGGAAGACGAGCCUGUGGAAGAUGAACUUGCAGAAGAUGACACUGCCGCUACGUCGAAUGGAUUUGGCUUUGACGAUGCAGAAGAUAAAUGA